CCUAGAAGAUUCUUUGCCGUAUAUUUAUUCACACGUCCCUUCUGAAUUAUAUAUAUUGAGAUCGAAAUUGAAUUCACAUUAAAAACCCGAAAAUCAAAAACAGACUGCUAAAUCCCGGCGAAUAAAACUUCUCGUCUCCGGCGACUCUAUCCGAUCGUUUCCUAUCUGUCAGCCAUGUUUCUCGUCGAGAAAACUCAUUUAACUUCCCAUUUUAAAUCAUUCACCAAGAAAUCCUCGCCUAACCACAAAAGCUACCAAUUAGCUGCUCGAUCCUUCGAUGAAAAGGUAAUUCUCCAUCUGAAAACACUAACCCCGGCCACUGAUUCAUCCAUUAUCAGCUUAUCUUGGAUGUCGAAGGCCGUUUCAUUUCUGUCGAUUGUUCAUUUCGAAGCGCAAGAUCAGAUUUCGAAUUUGAGAUCUGAAUCGGAUUAUUAUCAAGCUUUGUAUAUGGAUUACAGUCUAAAGGUACUGGAUCUGUGUAAUUUGAUUUCGUCAGCGAUUCAGCAAUUAACUGAGCGACGACUUCUGAUGAAUCUCGGUCUUAGGAUAAUAAACUCCCCGGGUCAGAUCCUGUCCCCUGAAAAACUGAAAAAGGCGAAGGAUGCUCUGAUCAGAUCCGUUAGCCACACACAAGAAAUUUCAAAGGAGAAAGGCCAACGCGCGAAGACCUUGAUAGAAGAACUGACUUUCGCCAUUAACAGCUUGCCGCUUGGUAAGACAAGUAACGCAAAAGAUCUGAUCCGGCGAACGUUACACGGACUUGGAGUCUUAACCGUCUUUGUAGCCGGCGUUUUGGUUUCCGUUCUGUACGGAGAGUCCGAUGCGGUUGAAGUCCGAGUUCCGGCGGAGUUCCUAUGGGCGGAAUUGGUCAACGGCGUGCAGACGCAAAUCUACGAACUGAUAAAGCCAAAGCAAGUCUCCAUUGGAGCAGAGAAAAAAGGGUGGUUGUUGGAGCUUGAAGAUACGGCAAAGCAAGUGGUAGCUGUAUGCGAUGUCCUCGACGAAGUUGUCUCCGACGGCGACGAGAAACACCGUGGUCGAUUGGAGAAUGACGUUAAAGAGAUGGGAAACGCUGCGGCGAAAUUCUCCGACGUUGUAAAUGUGUUGACUAACGGAAUUGACGAUUUAUUUAGUAGUGUGUUGAAAACGCGUAACGGUGUAUUAGACGGCGUGAGGAAGGGUACAUGGUAGGUGUGAAAUUGGAGUGCCGUGUGUUGAUAGUGGUUUUUGUAACGUCAUUGUAACGAAAACGUUAGGGAAAUCCCUUAAUCAAAUAUUUAUUAUACAUUA